AUGGACGGCCCCGACAACGCGACGCUGCUUUUCGCCCCGUCCUCGCUGCAGCCGGACAACUACACGCUGUCGCCCAAUGCCAGCAGCCUGAGCCCCGGCCCCGACCUGCCCGGCACCCCCGCCUCCAGCGCCGGCCCCGGCCCCGGGCUCAGCCUCGCGCCCAGUCCCGGCGUCGGUUUCAGCCCCGGCCCGGCGCCGACCCCGGAGCCGACGGCAGGGGCCCCGGCGGGCGUCCAGCCCAGCCUGGGCCAGUCCCUGUUCCCGCAGCCCUGGCCGCAGCCCCAGACCCCGUUCUGGGACACGCCGCUGAACCACGGGCUGAACGUGUUCGUGGGAGCCGCCCUGUGCAUCACCAUGCUGGGCCUGGGCUGCACGGUGGACGUGAACCACUUCGCGGAGCACGUGCGGCGGCCCGUGGGCGCGCUGCUGGCCGCGCUCUGCCAGUUCGGCCUGCUGCCGCUGCUGGCCUUCCUGCUGGCGCUGGCCUUCUCGCUGAACGAGGUGGCCGCCGUGGCGGUGCUCCUGUGCGGCUGCUGCCCCGGCGGGAACCUCUCCAACCUCAUGUCCCUGCUGGUUGACGGCGACAUGAACCUCAGCAUCAUCAUGACCAUCUCUUCCACACUUCUGGCUCUAGUCUUGAUGCCCCUGUGCCUGUGGAUCUACAGCCGAGCUUGGAUCAACACCUCUCUGGUGCAGUUACUACCCCUGGGGGCGGUGACCCUGACUCUCUGCAGCACUCUCAUCCCUAUCGGCUUGGGGGUCUUCAUUCGGUACAAAUACAACCGGGUGGCGGACUACAUUGUGAAGGUUUCCCUGUGGUCUCUGCUAGUGACACUGGUGGUCCUUUUCAUAAUGACCGGCACCAUGUUAGGACCUGAGCUGUUGGCGAGUAUCCCUGCAAGUGUUUACGUGGUAGCAAUUUUCAUGCCUUUGGCAGGCUACGCCUCAGGCUACGGCUUAGCCACUCUCUUCCAUCUUCCGCCCAACUGCAAGAGGACCGUGUGCCUGGAGACAGGCAGUCAGAACGUGCAGCUCUGUACCGCCAUUCUUAAGCUGGCCUUUCCACCACGGUUGAUAGGAAGCAUGUACAUGUUUCCCCUGCUCUAUGCCCUUUUCCAGUCUGCAGAAGCGGGGAUUUUUGUUCUAAUAUAUAAAGUGUACGGAAGUGACAUGUUACACAAGCGAGAUCCUCUAGAUGAAGAUGAAGAUACAGACAUUUCGUAUAAGAAACUCAAAGAGGAGGAAAUGGCAGACCCGUCCUACGGUACAGUGAAAGCUGACAACUUAAUUAUGAUGGAAACCACUCAGACUUCUCUCUGAACACGGGGACACAGAGGAGGCUCUGUCUUGUAGGAGUGUUACUUCAUAUUUAUGAUAUUUCUGGUCUGUGGUAGUGAAUGUGGUUCACGUAAAGGAUAACACGUGCUUCACACUGUCAUACAUGUAACAAUCAUCACCUUCCCAUUGUAAGGUUGUACUGGUGUGUUAACCAAGCACGUUCACAAAUUACAAAUCAGUGUCGUAUACAACUUGCACCUGGGACUGCUAAACAUGUUAAAUGUGCUCUUUGGUUUUUAUCAUUACCAAUUUAUAGGACUGUUUCAAAUAUGUAAACUCUUAGAAAAGCAGGGUCUUGGAAAUGCAGAAUUUUGGUGCACUAUCUUAUAUGUAAAAACAAGCUAUGUGGGCUUUUUUUUUUUGGGUAAAACAUAAUUUGUAAAGGGUAAUUGAGUUUAAUGUAACUGUUGUUAAAAAAAAAAAAGUGCUUGCUCAACGUAUGAAUACCUGAUAAUGUUGAAUUUUGAUCUGUAUUCCAAAAAUCCCCACAGGUCAACUAAACAG